CUCACUCAUUCGAGCUUUCGAUCCUACAAGUCCUGCUCUCGAACCAUACUCACGCAGAGCUCGACAUCCAGAGCUUGCAUCUGAGACAAUUCGCAUCACAUCUUCGCGUUCCCCCUCUCCACUUCCCCAUCUUCACCGGCCCUCCCUGCGCGUCGACGACUGCACCUUCACCAAACUAUGCCGCGCGGGACAAAGGCGCCGGCGCCGCGGCUGAAGCUAGUCAUCCGCCGCCUGCCCCCCACACUACCGGAGGAGACAUUUUGGCGUGUCGUCGAGCCAUUCGUAGAGGGCAAAAGCUUGUGGCGACGCUAUGUCAAGGGACGCGCCGGCGACGCAUUCGGUGUACACCCGCAGCAUUCGCGCGCAUACGUGCUCAUGAACGACACUGAGUCGCUCAUCGCAUUUCACGCCGGCUUUGACGGCCAUAUCUUCCGCAACAAAGCUGGCGUAGAGUACCAGGCCGUGAUCGAGUACGCCCCGAUCGAGAAGACGCCGUACAAGGCCAAGGUCAAGAAGGAUGCGCGCGAGGGCACUAUUGACGACGAUCCCGACUACCUCGCCUUCCUCGAGAAUAGGGGCGCUGUCGAGGCCAAGGCAAGUCCGGAGAUAACUGCUGCGUCCCAGCCGACAUCCACGCCCCUGCUUGAGGCACUACGUGCGGCGGCGAACAAGAGUAGAGCCAAAGCGGCGAAGAAGAAGGAGAAGGCGGCAUCGAAGAAGGACGAGAAAGACAGCAAGGCGGACGCGAAGAGCGACAAGGCGCGCGCGGCUGCCCUCGCCUCAAUUUCAGAGGCGGCGACCAAGCGCGCACCGAAGACCGCCGGCAGCGGUGGCGUCGUUAUGGUCGCAGGCAAGGGGCGCGAGGUGUUUGUCGCGCCUGCGGAGGUGGUGCAGGAAGGAGAUUCGCGCGACAGCAAGAAGAGCGAUAAGGCGGGCGAGAAGAAGAAAAGGAAACCGCGGAAGAAGAAAGAGGCUGGGGAGGACGGUGGCGAACACGCCGGGACCAUAGCCGCCGGGGCGGGGAAGAGCGCAAGUGCGAGCGCCUCGGCGCCGCCUGCUCCGAAGAAGGACGCACGCAUCGACGGCGGGCUGGCUGUCGUCGACGAGUCGAGCACAGAAGCCGGUAAGCGCAGGAAUCGGCGUAAACGUGCGCCUGGUACGGGUAGGGGAGGGGGUGGUGCGGGCGGAGGAGAAGGAAGGCCUGUUACGGAAGGCAGCGUGGUGGAGGAGAACUCCGGGCAAUCGCGUAGCCAGAAACCGCGAGCUGCACGCGAGCAGGGCGCCGCGACGUCGAGAGAUGGGAGCGCAGUGUCAGCCCCGCGGGGCCGCGGUCGCGGUGGUCUACUUCCCAGCGAGGCGCGCAUUGACAUGUAAUAUAUGCAUUACAUCUCCGAUGUGAUGGUGAUUUCUAGAUUCACU